AUGUAUCCGUGUAUCAUAAAUAAUUAUAAUGUUACGUUUUCAGCAUGCGCUGCUCGUCUAGAGGUAGCUUCAACGAGAAGAUCGUCACAUAACGACCGGUUAGUUCGUUAGAUAACCAAACUUGAAAAACAUGAUUUGCUUUCAGGUCUCUUCAUUCAAUAUCACAUUUAACAACAUCCGCAAACCCGUGAGAUGAAGUGAGGAGUCGAAAAACUUCAAGGUAAGUGUUUCUAUAUCAAAACCGUUGUGGCCAGACGUGAAAAUGGGGCAAUUGUACAAUAUCUGGAGGGCAUGCCCCGGAACUGAAUUUCCUGUAAAAGUGUACAAACCUUGGAUGUUUUUUUAAUUACCUGGAAAAAAUAUCUGAAAUUUCUCGGGUUUGUAUAUUUUUACAGAAAAUUCAAUUCCAGGGAAUGUCCUCCAGGUAUUAUACAAUUAACCGCUAGAGUUUUGAAAAGUUACGCCAUAAUGUCACACAUCCAAAGAAAAAUAGCAUGAUCUAAGAAAAAUCUAUUAAAAUUUCAGAUUCAACAAUGUACUUCAAACUGAGCCAUGCUACCACCAGGAACUCCCAUUCAUCGACAACAACACCAAGUCUCCCACCAUCCACCGACAACAACACCAAGUCUCCCAACGUCAACACUUGGUCAACCACCGACCUCAGGAAAACGUCUAA